UAAUAUUUUUAUUUCACUUCUUUUUAAUUUAGAGUUCAUACAUAAUAAGUUGUGAAGAAAGAGAGUUCGUAAAGGAGUUUGUCUUUUGGUUGAGCUAAUUCGUUAUUAUAUACAUUGUUUUAACAACCACGCUUAAUUUUAUAUUUUACUUAUUACCACUAAACAUGUGUACUGGAAAAUCAUCAUACACAAAAUCCUCACCCAAGUUUGGGAAAACAUGUCCAACUUCUUCUGUACUCUCCCUGGGUUCCAAUGGUAAAGGAAUGACCAAAGUGGAACCACUCAAAGACAGAGUGAAUGACAAAGCCAAGGGCAAGGCAGCCGCGGCGAAGAAUGUUGCAAAGGCACCAGCCAAAGAGAACAAAAAGCCUCUCGAGUUCAAACUUCAUUCUGGCGAGAGAGCAGUGAAACGUGCAAUGUUCAACUAUUCGGUUGCAACCAAUUAUUAUAUCAUGAAACUGCAGAAAAAACAAGAAGAGAGGUUGCAAAAGAUGAUAGAAGAGGAAGAGAUUCGUAUGUUGAGGAAAGAAAUGGUUCCAAAAGCCCAAUUGAUGCCUUUCUUCGACCGACCUUUUCUCCCACAGAGAUCGAGCAGACCAUUGACGAUGCCAAAGGAACCAAGCUUUGGAAACGUAAACAGCACCUGUUGGACUUGUGUUUUCAACAACCAACACUAUCUCUACCAUAUAAAUCAUGCUCAUGCUUAAAUCGUCGAGUCACUAGCUCAUCAUAUAGAGGCUUUUUCUUAUUUUCAUUUGAGAAAUCUUUCAUUUCCAGUUUACUUUUUUAUUUGGUUGUCGGCAGUUUUUGUCUUUCUUCUUUUGCCUUCUUCUUUUUCUUUUCAGAUGUAAUCUUUUGUAAUUGUUAUUUUCGUAGAUUAAAUAAACAAGCAAAUCUCGAUAAUAUGUAGACAAAUAUAUACAAGUCAGUCA